ACGUGUUCCUGGGGCCGGUGGAUGACUACGUGUUGGCCCCGGUGGCUCGCUUUUCCGGGGCGUGGAAUGUGCCCUCCCUCACCCCCGGCGGCCAACCCAGCGCCUUCGACAGUCGCAAGGAUUACCCCUUACUCACCAGGCUCAAGGGCUUCUACACUGAGGUGGGGAAGCUGUUCUCGUCCGUGGUAAAACACUGGGACUGGAAAGUGUUGGGGCUGAUCUAUGAGGACCGUGACGACGAGAAGGGCAACUCUGUGUGUCACUUCACCCUCGCCUCCAUCUACAACAGCUUCGACGCCAAACCCUACACCCAGAAGUUCAUGAAGAGCACCAACAGGAACUUUACAGAGCUGCUCAUGAGCUUCCACGACAAAGCGAGGAGUGAGUGUUGA